UGGGCGGGGGCGGCCCGAAAUGGCGGCGGGGGCGGGCCAAGAUGGCGGCGGGCGGGCGGUUCUUCUGCACGGCGGGACGCGGCCUCGAGCCCUUCCUGGCCCGGGAGGUGAGGGCGAGGCUCGGAGCCACCGAGGUGGACUAUGUGUCGGGAAAAGUCUUCUUCACCGCUGACGCGGAGCCGAGCGAGCUGAAGAAAAUCAAGUCUGGAGAGAGGUUGUUCUUGCUGAUCAAGAAACACGGCCCGCUGCCCGUUUCAGGAAAUAAAGGGAAAAUGCUGCAUGAAAUUAGAAGUCUUGUCAUUCAAGAACCAAAGGAUUGUCUGGAUGUUAUUGCUACUUGGAAAAACCUUCAUGGUUGUGAGGAGAAAAAAGAUGGUGUCUCUCAGGAAAACCCAUCACCUUGCAAGAGAAAAUCAGAAGAAGAGAUGAAUGUUGUAACUAAAAGACAGAAAACAGAGCAAGUAAGAGAGAUUGUGUCUGAGGAACGUCAAGCAGGAGCUGGAGAGAACGGUAUAGUACCAGACAGGAAGAGUGGUGAGGAAGGCCAAACUGAAACCAAGGCUUCUUUAGAAGACUCUUCCAAAAGCAGUGGAGAGAAUCCUGUUGAGAAUGAGAAGCAUAGCUUCAGCUUCCGAGUUUCUUGUCGCUGUAGUGGAGCAAUUGCCAAAAUACUUACUUCACAGGAGAUUGGAAGAGCAAUUGGCAUAGCGCUCAUGAAGCAGUUUAGAUGGCGGGCUGAUCUGCGGAACCCUGAUCUAGAGAUCUUUGUACAUCUUAAUGACAUUCACUCAGUCGUGGGGAUUCCUCUUUUCAGGCUUCCAUUGGCAAACAGAGAGUAUAUCAAAACAGCAGGACUGCGGUCAACGAUUGCGUGGGCCAUGGCAUCUCUGGCUGAAAUCAGUGCAGGUGACUUUGUGCUAGAUCCCAUGUGUGGGCUAGGAACAAUCUUGCUGGAAGCUGCCACAGAGUGGCCCGAAGCCUGUUACUGGGGCACAGAUAUAAGUGAUUCACAAUUAGAGGGUGCAGAUGUGAAUAUUAAGACUGCAGGUUUGAUGGAUAAGAUUGAGUUACUUAAAGCUUCUGUGAAAGCAUUGCCGUUGCCUUCAGAAAGCUUUGAUGUCGUGAUUUCGGAUAUUCCAUUUGGGAAGAAGUUCAAGAUCACAAAAGAUGUACGAUUCCUGCCAGAUAUUCUCCAGGAGAUGGAGAGAAUACUUCGUGUUGGAGGGACUAUUGUGUUGCUCUUGAGUCAAGAUCUCCGUAAGCGCAUGGACAGCAUUACCAAGAGUGCUGAAGACAAAUCUCCUAAUGCCAUUUCUGAUGGUGCAGGGGAAACGACCGCUGUGGAAACCUCCAGCAGUGAUGGGAAUUCUUCCUCCGUGGUGAAAGGUGUUGAAGAACCCUUUCUCGGCAGCAAACAGAUGUGUUUUGGGUCUCUGGUGUCGGAUGGCAUCUAUGAAGUUAGUCUUGGAAAGACAGUUGCUUUCAUAUACAAAUACAGGAAGAUCUCUGCUGCUGGGAAUUAAUAGCUUGUGUGCGCUGCCUAAGGUGUACCUGAAUCCUGAUAUACUUGAAAGCAGCGUGGCAGUGAAGUGGUGGGACCCCGCUGAUCCAAACCCUGUGCCAUUUGUUGGCUCACCUGGCUUUGUAUGGGUGAACUACGUUGUUGCUUUUCUCUUCAGUUUUUAGGAGAGGUGGAAGAUACCAGCUAGAGUUUCAGAUGUUUUUAAUGUAAAGUACUGUAAUGAGGAAGAAUCCUCAAAUCCUUGCUUAGGCAAAGCCUCUCAAUAUCGGGAGGAGUUUAUUCAGGAGAGAAAGACUUCAUUUGCCAUACUGCAAAGAUGUACAUGGUAAUAUUACAUGUAAAAGGUUUUUCACCUUCAGCAAUGUUUUUCAGAAGUACUUGUGAAGAAGUCUCCACCUCGUCUUGGGGACCUGAUGGAGGGCUUCACUACAUGUCUUGCAAUCUUGUGUCAUUUUAAAGCUAGUUUGCAAUGAAUGUGAAAGGUCCCUAUUCAGAUAUUUUUGGAGUGGAAAAUAAAUUAUUUUUUGUAUUAAUUCCUA